CUGUGUGUGUUCUGUAUUCAUUGUUUCAAUUGACGUUCAUUCAUUUGAUUUGAAUUUAAUAAUUUUUUUUUCGGAUAAAAUAUCGUUAACUGAUCAAAAUCAAAAAAAUGGUUGAAAGUAAAAAAGAAGUCGUUGAAGAUGUCCAAAUGAAAUCACCUGCUCCAGAAUCAACUGAAUCAUCAUCGGCUAUCGAUGAAGCGGCCAAAAAAGUUGAACGAGAAAAUUUUGUUAUCGAAGAAUUACGUGAACAUGCAAAACAAAUUGAAAAAGCAGUAUCGGCUAAAGAACAACGUUUUAUUCUACGGAUUCUACGUUCAUUGAAUGCAACACGUAAAAAUAUUAAUGCUACAAUUUUACGACGUGCUAUAUCGUUAUUCUAUCAAAAUGUCCCAGAACAACGACAAACAUUAUUGGCUUAUAUUGAAGAACCAAUGGAAACUGAAACUACAACAACAGCAUCUUCAUCUUCAACUUCAACAACAACUAAAUUGAAAACCAAAACAUUAUCACCUGAACAAGAUGUAUAUUUUCAUUUGUUGGUCGUAUUAUAUCUACUUGAUCUUCAUAAUUAUAAAAGUGCUAUAACAUGUUCGGAUUUAUUGAUGAAAAAAAUCUGUAAACAUAAUCGUCGUACAUUGGAUGUAUUGGCUGCAAAAGCCUAUUAUUAUCAUACAAGAUGUUAUGAAUUGAAUGGUCAACUAAAUGAAACAAAAUCAUUUUUUCAUAGCCGCUUACAAACGGCUACAUUACGUAAUGAUUAUGAAGGACAAGCUGUUCUAUUGAAUUCAUUAUUGCGUAUAUAUUUGCAUUAUAAUCUUUAUGAUCAGGCAUCGAAAUUGGUAUCGAAAUCAACUUUUCCGGAAAGUGCUUCGAAUAAUGAAUGGGCAAGAUUUUUCUAUUAUAUGGGACGUAUUAAAGCUAUUCAAUUGGAAUAUUCGGAAGCAAGAAAAAAUCUACUUCAAGCAAUACGUAAAGCACCACAACAAUCGGCUAUUGGUUUUAAACAGAUUGUACAUAAAUUGGCCAUCACUGUUGAUCUUUUGUUGGGUGAUAUACCUGAACGAGCAAUUUUUCGUGAUCCAGCAUUACAUCGUCCGUUGACACCAUAUUUUCAAUUAACACAGGCUGUUCGUACCGGUAAUCUAAAACGAUUUAAUGAAGUUUUGAAUAAAUUUGGUCCAAAAUUUCAAGCGGAUCAUACAUAUACAUUGAUUAUAAGAUUACGACAUAAUGUUAUUAAAACAGCUAUACGUAUGAUAAAUCAAUCAUAUUCACGUAUUUAUCUGAAAGAUAUUUCCGAAAAAUUAAUGCUUGAUAAUGUUGAAGAUGCUGAAUAUAUUGUAUCGAAAGCUAUACGUGAUGGUGUUAUUGAAGCAACUAUUGAUCAUGAACGUGAAUUUAUGCGUUCAAAAGAAACUACGGAUAUUUAUUGUACAUCUGAACCAUUGAAUGCAUUCAAUAGUCGUAUAUCAUUUUGUCUGGAUAUUCAUAAUCAAUCGGUAAAAGCAAUGCGUUUUCCACCACGAUCAUAUAAUAAAGAUCUUGAAAGUGCUGAGGAUCGUCGUGAACGUGAACAACAAGAUCUUGAAUAUGCCAAAGAGAUGGCCGAUGAAGAGGAUGAUGGAUUUGCUUGAAGAAAUAUUGGAUGCUGCUUUUGCUGUCGUUUGUUUCAAACUGAACUUUAUCAUUUUUUCAGUUUACCGAACCAGCCGAAUCAACGAAAAAAAAUCAUUGAAAAUUUCUAAAUAA